AUGUUCAGUAGUUCUGGUAAUUCGUACGUGAAACCUGGAACUCAAUACGGCAUUCCCAUAUCAAAAAAUAACAACAACAAAAACGAAUCAAACCGAUACUCUAUGACAUCAAACGGAUCUUACAAUUCCAUGUCGCGACCUCCGGCAGCAGCGUUCAGCUCCAACUACAUUCGCGAGCAAGGAUCCCACCAAUCUUUGCAAGAUCACUUGCAGCGGGAGGCACCCAUGCCAAUGGGAUCGCCUGUGAACAGUGGCUUCGCAGAUGUUCCUAACCUAAACUAUCCCUCUACUCCAGUUGCAAAUAAUCCAAGCUUCUCGCCAUCCUCACAAAAUCCAAACUACCUAAAUACUCCGCCACCAGCAUCGAACUUUAGCAACACAAGCAACAAUAACGCACCCAGCAUAUACAGUCAUGGCAACAACUCCCAGAGUAAUUUGCGCAACAACGUAUAUCCAAAUUUGCACGUUUCCCCCGGCCAGUACUCUGUGACGUCGGAUUAUCCUCCAGACACUCACACAUUACAGAGCCCCCAGCAUCCUCAGCAAUUCCAUGGAGCUCAAAGCCCACAACACCCACAACAGUAUCACAGCAAUAGUAACCUGCUCCAACAGAGCCCAGUGAGAAGCCUCAAGGGAGUCGGGCAACCAUUCACAAAUUUGGAUGCGGCUGCCCGUCAAACAAACACUUACAACCCUAAUCCUGCUACCAUCGCGCCAGUCUCAAACUACAUGUAUUUCGAGAGGCGUCCAGAUUUACUUUCUAAGUCUAUUCAAGACAAGGCUGCAACAGUCAAACUAAAGAUUGAGAAUUUCUAUCAAUCCUCCGUCAAUUAUGCAAUUGAGCGUAAUCAAAGACGUGUGGAGCUAGAGUCCCAACUAGUGUCACAAGAUUGGUCUGAUGAACGUAAAAGCAGACAACUAUCUACUCUCGGUAAGAAAGAAUCCCAAUUUCUCAGGUUACGUCGUACUCGUCUCUCCUUAGAAGAUUUCCAAACAGUGAAAGUAAUUGGUAAAGGUGCGUUCGGGGAAGUGAGGUUGGUCCAAAAGCGAGACACGGGUAAAAUUUACGCCAUGAAGACACUAUUAAAAUCUGAAAUGUACAAAAAGGACCAACUCGCGCAUGUCAAGGCUGAAAGAGACGUACUUGCUGGGAGCGAUUCUCCUUGGGUAGUGUCACUGUACUAUUCCUUCCAAGAUGCUCAAUACCUAUACUUAAUCAUGGAGUUUUUACCAGGAGGUGAUUUAAUGACCAUGCUGAUUAGAUGGCAAAUAUUCACCGAGGAUGUGACGCGAUUCUACAUGGCCGAGUGUAUAUUAGCCAUAGAGGCUAUUCACAAACUGGGCUAUAUUCACAGAGAUAUUAAACCUGACAAUAUCUUGAUCGACAUACGAGGGCAUAUCAAGUUAUCAGAUUUUGGUUUAUCAACAGGUUUUCACAAGACUCAUGACUCUAAUUACUACAAGAAACUUUUGCAGCAAGACGAAGUCAAUGCUGCCGCUGGCAAUUUACAAAAACCUCAAAUGGGGAUAGCGGCAAAUAAUUCGGGUAAAAAUCGUAACACCAUGUUUGUGGACGCCAUUCAUCUCACUAUGACGAACAGACAACAAAUUCAAACCUGGAGGAAAUCUCGUCGUUUAAUGGCGUAUUCUACGGUAGGUACUCCCGACUACAUCGCACCGGAGAUCUUCUUAUACCAAGGGUAUGGCCAGGAAUGUGACUGGUGGUCUUUGGGGGCAAUCAUGUAUGAGUGUUUGAUCGGAUGGCCACCAUUCUGCUCUGAGACUCCUCAGGAAACGUAUCGCAAGAUUAUGAACUUUGAACAGACGCUGCAAUUCCCAGAUGAUAUACACAUCUCUUAUGAGGCAGAGGAUUUGAUUCGUAGGCUCUUGACCCAUGCGGAUCAAAGACUCGGCAGGCAUGGGGGCGCGGACGAAAUAAAAAGCCAUCCAUUUUUCCGCGGUGUUGACUGGAAUUCCAUAAGACAAGUUGAAGCACCUUACAUUCCUAAGCUGAGCAGCAUCACGGACACCAGGUUUUUCCCUACCGACGAUUUGGAAAAUGUGCCUGAUAGUCCUGCCAUGGCACAAGCGGCCAGACAAAGAGAGCAGAUGAACAAACAAGGCGGUGCUGCUGCUAACGCUAGCAGCAAAGAGGACUUGCCGUUUAUCGGAUACACAUACUCGAGAUUCGAUUACCUCACCAGGAAAAAUGCAUUAUAG